AUGCAAAUUUACGAGGCCAAUGCCAAGACUCACGCAAAGGCAAUGCGCAGCACGAAAGCUGAAGGAUGGAGAAAGGCAAUGCUCGAGGAGAUCAUCGCUCUCCAAAACAAUGGUGUCUGGAAUGUGAUCAAGCGACUGGCUGGGGCCAACAUGCUGCACAGUAAAUGGGUAUUCAAGACCAAAACUGAUGCGAAUGGCGCGGUGGAGAGCCUCAAGGCGCGGCUAGUUGCGUGCGGGAACGAGCAAGUUUUCGGCAUCGAUUAUGUCCUCACCUUCGCUGCGGUCAUGGAUUUGUCGACAGUAAAGGUAAUCCUAGGCCUUGUAGCGACGUGGGUGGUGCCGGCAAAGCAUGGUGACAUUCCGAGCGCCUACGUCAAAGCCGACAAGGAGAAGGACCUUGAGAUUCUGCUCCAUGUGCCUGGCGGUAUGGACGUCUAG